AGAUGGCUUGUUCCCUAUUGGCAACGAUUGGUGGUUGGGACUGAAGUACAGUCUUGAUUCGAAAAUGCGUUCGUUGCUGCAGUUUCAGUUGUUCGAGAAGAGAAUGCUGCGACUGUUCACCGUUCCCAUGGAAACAGAGCAGUAUACACGAGUGAUUGCCACUACAAAUGCGUCGGUGAUGCUGAGGGAGUUGGAGAAAGAUCCGCAGGGUGUAUGUGGUCGCUUACUAGCACAUCAGUUGAUGGCAUGUCCGGGUGGUGAUUGGGUCGGAACGAUGGUAGCUUUUCAACAUAGCAAUGUGGCAUCGGAUAGGCCAAUUGGUAGUGACACUGGAGUGCCAGUCGGUUUGACGGACCGGAUUUCGGUCAUCGAGUCUGUGACAUCGGAAUGUACCGAUGUGAAGUCGAAACACCUUGCUCGUCAGUACUCUCAAGAUAUUUCUGGAUGUCCACUUCCUGUCGCUGUUCGACAGUCGUAUGCAUCGGCAGGUUCACAGCCCAGUGCAACCCACUUGUUUCCUCACCAGCUGAACACACUGCAGUGGAUGCUCGACGUCGAAGAAGGCCGGAGUGAAGUACUGAGAGUGCCACAAGCGGCUGUCUUCCAUGGCUGGUUUGCAUACUCUCACGGUAUGGAGAAAGACAUGCUUCCUGGAGACAUCGAAAUUCUCGAGUCGAGUUCUCUUGCACUAGGAGGGCUCGUUGCCCAUCCGGUUGGAUCAGGAAAGACAGUGAUUGCUAUAGAAUUAGUCAAAGUCACAGCAUCAUCCGGAAUGACGGUUAUAUGCGUGCCAGGUCACAUAGCCGACCAGUGGAGACAAGAGAUAGCGAGAUUUGCUCCGACGUUAUCAUGCAUCGUUGUCAACAACAAAUCGAGUUUGGCGAAUCUUCGAGGCGUUGCUGCUGUCAUUAUUCCCUACGAUGUGUUUCAGUCUCCUCUUCUUCUCGACACGUUCUGCCUAAUGAGAUGGCGACGGGUGAUCUUUGACGAGCCGCAGGACAUCGUGAAGAAGGAAUAUUUCGAUCAGCUUGCAUUCGGUCUUCAUUGUCCGUAUCGUUGGCUGCUGAGUGCGACACCUAAUCCGAUGCAAGAUAUGAUUCAGCUUGCACUCGGCUACAAGCCCGACGGUCGUCUGCCCCUCGAAUCUAUCCACAAAUGGUUCAUUCGGACACGUUGCCGGCGUGACUCGCCAUCCAUGUGUCUCCCCGUACCGCCACUUCAUGUUCACAUGCUGCCUGUUACUCUGACAUGGCAAGAGACGGUCGUCGCUCACAUGCACGCGAUGGCGGAUCACCUUCAGGCAUCAAUUCGGCUCUGCUCGUACUUUGCAAAUGUCGACAUUCGAGGUAACAUUAGCGAAAGCAACGAGGCACGCACAGAUGCAGCCGGAUGUGAACCUGUGCUUCUCGGUGUACGACGCUUUAGCUCUCUUGAUGAUUGGAUCGUCAGCCAUCGACAGGAGCUACAAGACGAACUAGAUCAUAUACAAUCGAAUCUCCAUCAUAUUACAUUGCUAGUCCGUCAACAGUAUCACCAGUUUCAACAGCAUUUGGAGGCCAUUCCUAUUGUAUCAGAUCAGGAAUCGGAUGUCGUCAACAGUGAUGACCAUUUUGAUCAAGAAGCAAUGGAGGUGAUGUUUGAUGAACACAGUGGGGUCGACCCUGAGCUUGUAUCUCGACGCCAAGAACUUAUUCGAGAAGCAAAGAAACACGAGCGUCUUCUCCGUUUUAUGGAAAGCGUGUGUCAAACUAUCUCAUCCGAGAUGGAGUGUACCAUAUGUAUGGAACGUCUCGGAUUGUCCAUCAUCACGAUGCUGCCGUGCUUGCACUCCUUUUGUGCCAUCUGUGUAAUCAACUUGUUUGGAGAUCUCCAAACUGCUAGUUGUCCCGUAUGCCGAUCUGAGGCUCAACGUCGAGAGCUCUGCACAUUCAGAUGCAACGAUCAAGUAACCGAUGACGUAUGGAUCUCCACAGGUUUGCUUAGCGACGAUCCAGAAUCGCCACACUUUCGAGGCUCGAAACUGUGGACGCUGGCGAGAGAAGUCGGACGUGUACUUGACAAACACCUGGACGAUAAGGUGCUGAUAUUUGCUCAAUGGGAUGAGUUAUUGCGGCAAAUCUCGUUGAUUUUGCCGACCGACAAUUGCCUCCUUGUGGGGUCGAUGGAUGUACGAUGCAGGCUCAUCGAAAAUUUCCAACGAAAUCCGACUCCGCGAGUUUUACUGCUCAGUCUUGAUCAGCAGGUGUCUGGUGCUAAUCUUGAUGUUGCAAAUCACGUUUUUGUUGUUCAUCCAUAUUGUCCGGCAAGCGUGGCGAGUACAGCGUCGGUUCCACUCGCUCGAGCUCAAGCAUACGAACAGCAGGCUGUCGGUCGUGUGCUGAGAUUUCCGCAGUUGAAAGAUGUUCAUCUCUAUCGUUUGUAUGCAAGAGGGACAGUGGAAGAGGAGCUCUACAUGCACUGGGGAUGGGCUUGACUUUACUGGAUUCACUUCUUGGUAUUUGUGUACUGUACAUGUGGAUUUACUGAAUUUGCCUUUAGCUGAGCCCGAGGCUCGUAUGCGCUAGGGUUACAGUUGUGUGUCAGUAGACGGACGGACGGCCAAUUGGAA